AUGUCUCUGGACGUCAAUGAUCUCAAUUCACACAUUGUGACAACUGAUCAUGAUGGGAGACAGUUCACCAUCCUUUUCGCUAUGGGUAGACAGGAGGAAUACGACGACAUAUUUGAAGAUUUUGACGCCCAUGUUGAUUUCAUGAGAGGCUUCGUGAAGGCCUGGAAUCGGGGAGACCCUGACAUUAACGGCAAUCCUCCAAAUCCCUCAUUAAAACCGUUGGACUACCUUCAGGUCAUGGGUUCUCAUCAUCAGUCCUCAUUUACUCCCAAUGAAAGAGAACAUAUCACCGUUGCCGUGUCCACAACCGCAUUGUUCACCAAGGAGCCUCCCGAAACCAGGGCCACCAUUCACAUAUAUUCGGCACAAGAUGAUACUCAAAACGGCUACGAAUCGUAUUGGUUCAAAGAUCCUAAAAAGAAGAGAAAACACAAUCCAGGGUCUACGAUGAGAAUGGCCGUUCAGAGAUGCAUGGCGAAGCAAGCGCCUCCACAAGCGUGGCUUGACAAUCAAAAACAGAAGUCUCAGGGCGCACAGCCUUCGCAGGAAGAGCCACCAAGUUCUGGUUUCGGAAACGCUGGACAAACAACCUCAAGCCAUCCAGUAGGGAAAUUGCAGGACGGAACACCAGUUGACCGCAAGGUCAAGCCACGCGGCGUCAGGGCUGAAGAUGUGAGCAACAGCGUCUGGUCUGUUGGAGGGGUGGCUCCUAACCACGGGGCUGUUGAUGACGGCCGCGGUGGUCUCGUACAAAGCGGCACAAACGCUCCUAUGUUCAACACCCUGUUCCCACCAUCCAAGCCAAAGGCUCAAGAAGACGUCGAGAAGCACGAGGCUCGCCUCGCGUCCGCUUUUGAUAUCGACUGGUCGUCGAGAAUCCUCGGCUUUGACAACUUGUCCGUUCGAUUGGGGAAGCAGCACAAGAAAUCCGACCCAGUCUUGAAAAAGAAGACACACUGGGAAGGCACCCAACUGAUCAAAGAUGACCCGGCCGAUAGCAAAACAUCCAAAACAAGACAUGAGAUGCGAACACUCCCGGUGGCCCCAUUCAAGGUUCUCGACGCCCCGAGCCUGAGGGAUGAUUACUACUGUUCAAUCUUGGCUUUCUCUCCUGUCUGCCAGACUUUAGCUAUAUGCGGGCUCUCAUGGUCUCCCAGCGGUGACCUGUUUGCGACUGGGGGCAAUGACAACAUGUGCUUUCUGUUUGAGACGGAGAAGGUCACGACGUUCCGAGAGGAGAGCGACCCCGAUCAAGAUAUGAGUAGGUUCUUCGCUGCUUUCCGCGAGCCAAUUCCGCCUCAGGGAUUCAACCUCAGACGAUUCCUGAACAGUAUGGCCCCCGGGGCAGGCUCGUCAGCGUCAUCGUCGUUGCCAUCGCCUCGAGACGCAUCGUCGAGCCAGCGUCAGAUCUCGAACUCUUCGGCCAGCAGCGCCGGCAGCCGCCUGACAGCGAUGGAUUCUAUUGACGACCGCAUCUCAAGCACACCCGCGCCUUCGCUCUUCGCGAGUUUCUUCCGCCCCAACACAACCACGCGCUUCUGGGAUCUAAAUCGCCUCGUCGCCGAGCGUGUCCAACCGCGCUAUCCACCGUCACUGCCAAACAAUGUCCCCGCAGCCUCUGAGCACUUCCGCAACCCAAUCUCCGACACUUCAGGGGAACCACGCAACGUCGAGGAGCGACAUGCAAAACAUCGCUGGGAGCACACUGCGGCCGUGAAAGCCAUUGCAUUUUGUCCUUGGCGUGACGGCCUCGUCGCCACUGGUGGCGGCUCCCACGACAAGUGCAUUCACUUCUUCCACACGACGUCAGGAGUUGCGCUCGCAACCAUUGCUGUACAUGCGCAGGUCACCAGCCUGAUCUGGUCAACCACACGGAGAGAAAUCGCCGCCACAUUCGGUUACGCACAGCCAGAGCAUCCGUACAGAAUUGCCGUCUUCUCGUGGCCUGAAUGCCGGCAGGUCGCGGCGAUACCCUAG